UCCGCAACAUCGCUGGCGAGCUUUUAGCACGUUUGGAAGUUUCACACGGGUAACUUCUGCAAUAGAAAAUGUUUGUAGGGCACUAAUACAAAUGCUGCUGUGCUUCAGUUGUAGUAGUGUGGUGGCUACAAAAAAUCAGCUGAUCCUAAAGUUUGACAUUUUGAUAAAUAUUACGUCUACAUCCAAAGUAAAUUAAUAAAGUAGCGAUAUCUCUUGUUGUACAACAACAUCUACAACAAUCAAAAUUUACUUUGUCUACAUCCAAAGUAAAUUAACCCAUUUACAGCCACUCAAAAGGUACAAGUAAAAACUUUUAAACAUCAAUGUAUAUUUAUUUUCAACAAUGCAAAAAGACAGAAACGUAAAAAAAAUUUUAAAAAAUAUUAAUAUUCUAGACAUUAGAGAGGAUUUUCGCUUUUAUGUAGCUCGCGUUUUUUACCGGUUUAGAGCUGUCAUAAAAACUAUAAACAGAUUUAAAUGGCAGACACGGCCAUUACUAUGUUAUCACAUUAUUUUUAGACCAUUUGCUUCAAAUUAAUCAAACUAACAUUGUACCCUAAAUUUAACUACAACCUAUAAACCUUUGAAUUAAAAUAAACCCUGAAUUGUUUAAGAAAAUAAAUAUUCUUAUUACUGUGGAAAGUCUCAUAAAAGGUGAGGCGUUGUUAAUAAUUAAGAAUCAGCUACCCAAAAUUAAUUAAAUUUUCUCUAUAUUUCUCUUUCUUUAAUCCCACACCAAAUCCCCAUAUUAUAAUUACUCUGAUUAUAAGCGUAAUUAUAAUAAUCAUCUCUAUUAUAGAUUGAUAUUAUCCCGCCAAACCAUCUGUAAAAGAGAUUAUAAAAUACAAACCCCAAUUGUAUUCAUGGUCUUCUCGCUGUAAGCUACAACAACAUCUACAUACAUGAGAAAAAUGAGACCUAACCGAAAAUUUGAAACCACCCGUCCAGCAACAAGUCGUCGCAACCAGACAACUAGAGGAAGACACAGUGACCCCGAUUAUUAUAAGUGUGCCUUGUGCAGAAAUUUGCACGCCCUAAGGUUCUGUCGGAAAUUCUUGAGAAUGGACACCAAGAGAAAAGAGGCAGUAGUGGAAAAAUACCGCUACUGCGUGAACUGUUUGGCUAAAAGCCAUGAUUUGCGAUCCUGCACCUCCAUGGACACCUGCAGGAUAUGUGACAAAUUUCACCGCACUUUACUCCAUCAAAAACGUAAAAGCACUUUUAUCACCAGUCUCAUUACUAGCCAAAUACGUCAUCGUCGGCAACAAAAUACAAGGAGAAAUGUACAACCAGCUCGUCAACAUACUGUCAACCAACCAACAAACCAACAAGUCAGUCACCAAUUACUCAGCAACCAACUCUAUCCACUAACACCCAAGUGAUUGUCGAGGCUAAUAAAUCGUUAGCUCACGUGUUGUGCACAACCAACAAAUAGUUUGCCAAACGUCAAGGGCGGCGCCAUGUCCAAAGUAGUUUGGACACUUAAAUUAUAAAUAUUAUAAUUUUUAUAUUAAUAUUUUUCUAAAUUAACAUACGUAUUUUGUACAGUGUAUAGAAUCUGACGUAUAUCAUCCGGUCCUUCUUUAUUUAUUUAUUUAUUUAUUUCGCCAAUGAAAUUACAAUUUCUUACUGGCUAAUUACAAUUGAUUUAAAACAUUAAAUAAGAUAAAGCAUAAUAAUACUAAUAAUA